UUGCUUAUGUAGAGAAUUUAGUAAAUCUAACAUGGCAUGAAGAACCACCGUAUUUUCCAUUUGGAAGUAAUAGCGAAAUUAAAACCAAUGAUAUGGUUAUUACGAAUACAAGAUUUGAAAAGUGCCUAACACCAUAUCAAAUGUUUCGUGGUUCUG